AUGUACACGGGAAUAGUCGGCGAGUUGCUCGCCGCGUUCCUAGAACUUCGAAACAAGCUCAACAUCCAAGCUAUUAUUUCCUGGGUGCCCGCGCAUGCGGGCAUUGACGGCAAUGAGUGGGCCCACAGCGAGGCGCGAGCAGCAGUUCGCCAGAUGGCAUCCGCGCCGAACGCAUUCCACAACUCAGCCGGCGAGGCAGCCGGCCCGGCCGACCCGUCUGUCGUCAAGGAAAGUGCUAAACAGCGAAGGCGGAGAAUCCUACGGCACUUUCGUGAGGAGCGGGAGGAACGCCCGGACGAGCAGUUGCGUCCCGUUCCUCCGAUGCCGAAUGACCUACCGAGGAGCACUCAGACCCUCGUCCGCCGCCUCGCGACCAACACUGUCCUAUCCCCGGCGCUGCGCCAUAAGUUCUUCGGCGACGAUCCUGACGAGGGGGCGUGUCGCCGGUGCCGGGGUGCCGCGACGGCUGCCCAUGUUGUCUGGGAGUGCGAGCGCCACGCUAGCCUUCGGAAAACAAAACUGGAGGAACUCCCAGACGAGAUCCGUCCGGCGACGUAUGUUGAUUGGAUUCUACCCACCAGUCGUGACAAGACGAUCGUCUCCCUGCUGUGGACAAAGCUGGCGGAGUUCGUCUACGACGACGACGGCCCCGGUAGACGACUUUGCAGCAGCCGAAGGCGCUGGGACCAACACCCACCCAGACCGCCAUGACGGCAACGGCAGAUCCUUAGGCCCGCACCGAUGCAGACGACAAUGGUGCAUUAUAUGUGUGUAUGGUAUAUGUGUGUGUAUGUGUGUAUAUAUAUAUAUAUAUAUGUAUACAUAUAUUAUAUAUAACAAGGCAAUAAAGAACGUUCUA